CCUGUCUCUCUCUCUAACCUGUCUCUCUCUCUCUCAGACAGCGGUGUGUUUGCAGUUUCACUGAACUCGUUGUUGGAGAAUGACAGGAAGAAGUUUCCUGAGGUCAAAGUUCCUGUUGUCUUCAAAAAGCUGUUGUGUAUUAUAGAGCAGACUGGCCUGCAGACUGAAGGGAUUCUCAGAGUACCAGCAUCAGCUGCUAGACUGAAGUUCCUGCGUAGAGAGUUAGACAGGUGUUGUGGAGGGUUCGACUGGUCUGCAGUGAGACAGGUGGAUGCUGCUGGGCUGCUGAAGCUUUUCAUCAGAGAGCUGCCGACACCUCUGCUGACACACACACACAUGUCCACCUACCGCUCUGUGCUAGGUGUCUCCUCUGUGGUCCAUCAGGUUCAGGCUCUGCAGAUGCUCUGCUUGUUGCUUCCUGAAGCUCACAGACACACACUCAGAGCCCUGCUGGUGUUUCUGCGUAAAGUGGUCUCUCAUCAGGACCAGAACAGGAUGUCCCUGUGGAAUGUCUCUAUGGUAAUGGCACCAAACUUGUUCUCCUGGCAUCACCAUGGCAACAAGCCCUCUGUCAUCAGGCAACAGGAAGAGAUGGAGGAGGCGGUGGGCGGAGCUCACCUGGUUCGAUUGAUGAUCACACACCAGGACCUGCUUUGGACAAUCCCAAACUUCCUAAUGUCCCAGGUGAGACAGGUGAACCAGGCAUCCAAUCAGAGACAGCUUGGUCUGAGCAAGCCCAAGAGACGCCUGCUGAGGAGGAAGAACGACAAAAACCACAGACACCAGAUCACAGAAUUGUGUGAAGGUGUGAUCCGGGUACACGCCCCUCUGCACACCAAGGUUUCCAUGGCGAUACAGCUUGAUGGACAGACAACAGCUAGAGACGUCACCACUCGCUUCGAGUUUGACAGCAGCUCACCUGUUCAGCACCUGUAUGAAGUGGGAGGAAACAUCACUGAGCGUCGUCUCCAUCCUGACUGCUUGCUGCUGGACGUCUUCAGAGUGAAUCCUCACUGUGAUUGGCUGAUUAAACUGUGACACAUAGAAUGUCUCAUCACCUGUCUCAAUGUCCGUGCCUGACCUGUCUCACCUCCUGACAGCUGGUCUAACUACCUGGAGUGUGCCAUGUGGACGUCUGUGGCUCAGUGGGUAGGGUUCAAUGUCCCAUGUGUCCUUGUUGCUCCCCCUGCUUGGUAGGCGGGGUGUGAAUGUUACUCUACCAUCAGGGUGUGACAUCACAGGUGUGACAUCAUCAGUAUUCCUUUGUUUUUUAAUGAAAAGCUGAAAACAAUAAAGAAUGUUUUAUGAUA